GCAGAAAGAUGACGUCAAACACUCCUCCACAAGCCGGCCGAGCACUCCUCAACACGCGUGUUCCCGGUGGGCGUUUAAAGUCCGAGCCUGGCUUCCUAUUGGCCAUCCGGGGGAUUGGCAUCCUGAACACCAACCAGACACCUCCGUUCUCUCCUCGUAGCCAGUGAGAGGGAGAAGGCGGGCUGCGGCGCCAAGCGUGGGGCUCUGUUAAAUGUGCAGAGGAGGCGUGUCUGAGAGAAUAGUUCUAUUUGAGGAUGCCAAAAAUGGAUGUGCGAAAAAAAGAAAAGAAGGCAGAAAAAAGAAAAAAGCUAAAGCAACCUGUGGCACAAAAGGAAGAGCUGGAAUUGGAAAGUGAACCAAAGGAGAAGAAACAAAAUCUGCAGAUUGUUCAUCUCUUUGGGUAUCUGAUUUUCUGUAAGGCCAUGUCAGAAAUCUCAGCGCAGACAGAUCAUUUGCACCUCUUACAAGACAGCAAGUGGCUAGAUCUGCGCAGUUCUAGCAUUUUGGAGUUGCUCAGGUUCCAGGCAGCAAAAGAAGAGGAAGAACUUACUGCAGAGGAAAGGAGAAAACUGGAAAGAAAACUAAAAAAAGAGCGCAAGAAGAAGGAAAAACAGCUGAUGAGGGAAGCUGGAAUCUCUACUAAAAAAGUUCAGCCCAAAAAGCCGUCGGGAUCUGAGCUGGCUCUGGCCUAUUUAACCAGCUGGUCUGAAAAGCCAGAAGAAUGGAAGUUUCAAAAGACACGACAGACCUGGCUUCUCUUGCACAUGUAUGAUAAAGAGAAGGUUCCAGACAAGUAUUUCACCAUUUUACUGGAUUAUCUGCAAGGUCUUCAAGGGAGUGCACGAGACAUAACUGUGCAGAAAGCUGAAGCUUUUAUGAAGGAAUUUGACGGUUCCAAUGCAGAAGACCCAGACCUGUUGGAGAAGUGUGAGCGCAUACGACAAGUUCUGCAACUGCUGUCCUGAGAGUAUUUUUGUGUCUUAAUGGUUGUCUGGUGGAGGACCUGGUCUCGUAUACAGAGCCUGUAAAUCAGUUAUAAAAACAUAUUUUCUAAUAUGAACCCUAAUACUAAAUUUUCAGAUUUUGUACUUGUAAUUUUUUUCCAAUUGCAAAUAUUUAUGUUUGGAGGUGAUGAAAUAAAAAUAACAUAUUUGGUCCAUAGACAUGCUAUUAUAAGUAAUCUUACUGCAUUUCUUUAGAAAAAUAAACCUCUUUUUCUUGGUAGUUUUUCUCCACCUCCCCCUGUAAUUACUGUUAAAUAAGAGGAGCUUUGCAGUUCUUAAUAAGAAGAGCAAAGGAACCAACAAAAAGCCUGGAGGGUCUUUUACAAUGGCAGCUUUUAAAAUGAGCAUGCAGUACAGUGCUUGCUCAGCCAGCUGUAAUCUAUCGUGUUCAGCUUUAGAAGUAUGUCAUGUGGAUUUGGGAGAGAUCAUUUUCAGUCUGUUGAACAUGGGUUGUAUAACACAGUUGCUUAUUAGUACUUCACAUGGUGAUCUGGAGAUACCAUCAGCUUUGUUAGUUUUCCUUUUAUAUUUUAAAGUUUUGAGAUGUAUUAUGGCAAUUGUUUAGAUAGUCAGAUAAUGCACAGAUGGGAACAGAUCAAAUCCUUUGACUAUAUGUAGUGAAAUCAUCUGAUUGUACCUAAACUUACCCUGUGAGAAGUGCUGUGCUGCAACGUUUUGUUUCUAGCCUGCCAAUAUUGCAUUUUCAUCUUUCUUUUGUAAUUGGCAUCCAAAAGAGUUAAUUUGUGUUCAUUCACUUUGACGUGAGACAUUUGUCUUCUAUGAACAUGCUGAAAAUGAGGCUUUCAAGUAAAAACCAAGGACAUUAAUUACUCAAAACGUGGAUGAUUGGCUUAUUUAAUAACACUUGUACUCAGACAACAUUCUUGACCUGAUUCUUUAAUGUUUCUACAGACAUUGUUCAUACUUUUUUAAUAACAAAAUAUGUAGUGUUUAAAAGUGUGACUGUCUUUGGGAAUUAUGGCUUUAAUUUGGAUGGGUGAAGGGGGGAGAACCUAUCAAUACGCAGGCCUGAUUUUUCAAUAACAAGCAUUUGAGUGGAUUGGACAGCCUUUCACAGUCACGGAUUACCACAAAUCUUUAAAAUUAUGAAAUAUAUUACGAGCAACAAAUAACGUAUGCUUUCUGACUUCUUGAAGGUGAUGUUUUCAGCCAAAAAAGACUGACGACCAGCAUGCCCUGCUCUGACACAGUGACUGGGAUGGAGUUCAGUGCAGCGGUGAGCAGGUUGGCAGCGGUGGUCAGCCUCUCCGUUUUGCUGCUGAUGGUUCGUCAGCAGCUCAGGGGCUGUUCCUGUACCACGGGGCGACGGUUGGCUGGGGGCUGUGGAGGGUGUACACAGUGUCAAAGCCCUUCUGAGGCCCAAAGGUAUAUAAAACUGAUCUUCCAGUGUAAAAAGCUGGUGAAAAGGGUCUGUAACAAAGACCAGUAUUACUGACAUUUAGUGAACUUGUACAAGAUCAUUGGAUCUUAUAUUUUGCAUCUGAGAAUAUGCAUCUGGGGAAAAACUGUCACUCCAAGAAGAAACUUUUUCACACAAAAAUGUGGGUCUGCAUGCAUUUAAUAUAUCUUGUAGCUUAAAAGCACAAGCACAAUGCAACUGUAUUUUGGAAGAGACUUCUAAAAAACAUUGUUAAGGUAAGGUCUAGGCAAAAAGAUGUGAACCUUUAAUGAUUUUGACAUAUUUGGCAAGGUUUGCCUUUCUUGGACUUUGGUUCUGACCAUGUGCAAAUGUUGACAAAUCUGUGAGAAGAAAGACUUUGUAGAUCAAGAAUGUCAUACUUCUUUUUAUAUCAAGUAAUAUUAAAAGCACAUAAGGCCUGCCAAUCUGGAGUCCAUGUGAACAAUAACAUUUGGUAAAGAACAGUUGGAGCCUCUCACCAGUGCAGUAAGAGACCUCUGCAACUGGGGUCCUGCUCUGCUCUCCUCUUCCUCAGCUGCAGUUCCAGCUUUCCCUUCAGUGCUGCCGAUUGCUGAAUGAAGGAUGUGGUCUUUGGCUUCUGCUUUUUGCAGUUAUGGAAAAUUCAGAAGUUAAAACCUAAGGUAAUUGUUGCUAUGGUUGUGUUUGGUAGAGAAAGCAAAGUAUGUUGCUUUCUGCUGUGUGUCUCUUCGUGUAUGGUACUGUUCAAUGGUCAGUGGCGUCUUGAAAUUGGCUAUAAGGCUUGUAAAACUUCUGCUUUGUAUUGUUGCUGUAGAUGUCUUGGGUUUCAAAGCUCAAUAUAAAAAGUCUUAAGUGUUGUCUAAUAUUUGAUAUUGUAGUGCGAAUAGGAAAGGACACUUAAAUCUUGCUUUUUUGCCCCUUUUCUUAAAAAUUUUCAACUGGCUGGCAAACAACUCAUCUUCAAAACAUCCAUGAAAUGCAAAAACAAACACAUUUUUGGGAGCCAUGUAUUGCUAGGCCCAUUUUAAAGACAAGAUUGUGAGUACACAGACAGUUUACCCCACACAGCGUUGCAAAUGCAAUAACAUCUCUGGCAAUCAAAUUCUGUCUUUUCCAUAUGCUAGCCACCAGGCCAGCUUCUGCUUCCUGCUUAGCUUGGCAUUUUAAUCUGGGAAUUUACAUUGCGUGAUGAAUAAAUAUAGAAAGAUUUCCUUCAUCAUGCAUUUUAAAUGAUGUAUUUUAAAUUAUUAAGUGUAUAAUCAGUUAUUGAAUUCCUGUAGCUGGCCAGAGCUGUACAGCAAGAUAUAAUCUGGCACUUCAUUAUUUUGCCAUUUGGUCAUGUAGAAUUUUCAAAUCUCAAUAUUGCUUGUAGGUUAGGCAAUCAUAUGACUACAGAUAGGACAAAAUCAUGUCUCUUCGUCUGUUUAAAUCAGUCUACUGUGUUAAUAAAAAUUGCAUCCAAGGCUACAAGUAGCAGUGUGUACAGACCGACAAACUACAUCUUCAUCUGCCUACUCUAAUUGUCUUCUAGUUGAGUUAAUCUGCAUUGUGUAGCUCUGGCUAGAAGAAUUCGUAUUCUAAGAGAAUGCUGAAGUCAGGACUUCUAGGCAAAAUAAAGGGACAUUAAUUACUUAGAUUUGCUUAAAGCUGGAACCAUGCCUCUAAUGGAAGUGCUAAUUACUCAAAAUAUGACAGUGUAAAAAGUUCCCCUUAAUUUGGCUGAUCCUUGCUAUGGAUUAUGUAUCUUCUUGGUUCUCUGCUGUCUGCCUACAAUUUUAAUUUGUUAUCACCGUUGUAAAAUUACUGGGUAAAUGAAUUCUCUGUUCUUAUUUGGAAA